GCUGUUGGGACCACAGCGCGAGGCAGGACGUAUAGCUCCACACUGACGAAUAGAAAAGUAUCCAGACUACCUUUACAGCAUGUCCUACAGAGGUACUACAACGGCACAGCGCUCAUCGUACAGAAAGAUGUUCGGAGGGGACAGAGCCACGGCCAGGACCACCUAUACAACCCGCCAGUACUCAAGUCCUAUCCGCUCUUCACGCACUUCUUUCGGUCUCUCCUCCGCUCCGACCGUCUAUGCCUCCAAGACACUACGCCUCCGGAGCAGCGCGCCAAUGCCCCGGCUCACCUCUGAAAACCUGGACUUUUCCCUGUCCGAUGCCUUAAACUCCGAGUUCAUAACCACCCGUACUAAUGAGAAAGCGCAGAUGCAGUCUUUAAACGACCGCUUCGCCAACUACAUCGACAAAGUGCGCUUCUUGGAACAGCAGAAUAAGAUCUUACUGGCAGAGUUGGAGCAGCUAAGAGGAAAGGGGACGUCCCGGGUUGGAGAUUUGUACGAGGAUGAGAUGAGGGAGCUGAGACGUCAGGUGGACCAACUCACUAACGAGAAGGCCCGCGUGGAGGUGCACAGGGAUAACCUUGCGGAUGACAUCGAAAGAAUCAGAGAGAAAUUGCAGGAUGAAAAUGCGCAGCGAGAGGAGGCUGAAGCCAAUAUGCAGAGCUUCAGACAGGAUGUGGAUAAUGCUGCCUUGGCCCGACUCGACCUGGAGCGGAAAGUGGAGUCGCUUCAAGAUGAAAUCAGCUUCCUCAAAAAACUGCAUGAUGAGGAAAUGCUGGAGUUGCAGAAUCAGAUGCAGCAGCAGCAGCAUGUGCAGGUGGACAUGGAGAUGGCCAAACCGGACCUGACAGCGGCUCUGAGGGACGUGAGGCUGCAGUAUGAAACUUUGGCCUCCAAAAACAUCCAGGAGUCAGAUGAGUGGUAUAAGUCCAAGUUUGCUGACUUGACUGAAGCUGCAGCUCGAAAUAACGAGGCUCUCAGAAUAGCCAAACAGGAGGCCAACGAUUACAGACGCCAGGUACAAGCCCUCACCUGUGAAGUGGACGCUCUCAAAGGAACUAACGAGUCCUUGGAGCGUCAGAUGAGAGAGAUGGAGGAGACCUUCUCCCUAGAGUGUAACAGUUACCAGGACACCAUCGCACGGCUGGAGGAGGACAUCCACAACAUGAAGGACGAGAUGGCACGUCACCUCCGCGAGUACCAGGACCUGCUCAAUGUCAAAAUGGCCCUGGACAUCGAGAUUGCCACCUACAGGAAGCUGCUGGAAGGAGAGGAGAGCAGAAUUUCUACUCCUCUACCAAACUUUUCAUCCCUAAACUUGAGAGAAGCUAUGACCGACUCCAAGCCUCAUGUUGAAACGACCACCACCAAGAAAGUCCUUAUCAAGACUAUUGACACCAGGGAUGGGCAGGUGAUCAAUGAAACCACCCAGAACCACGACAGUCUUGAAUAAUUUUCUUUUCUCCAACAACCACAAAGCAAUACAAAAAAACAAAACAAAAAAUGAUUUCACAAGCCAGCACAUACUACAGCAGCUUAUCAAGUGCCUUUCUUUGUAACGAUCCACUGAGUUAGAUUACUGUUCUCUCCACUCCUCUGCACAGAAGUAUUGAAAAUUGUCAUGUUUUUAGAAAUACUGGCAACAGAACAGCUUACGGUAGAAAAGGUCUGCAAAAAGAACAUCUUUCUUUGUGAUAUUUUGAGUUGGUUUUUGAACAGGAAAAAUCAGACUUGUGAAUGGAGA